UAAUUAAGAAAGAAUCAACGCAAAUAAAUAGACGUCUUCAUCGUCAGAUUUGGUAUAAUCAAAUCACAUUUGGGAUCCACAAGGGCAGCGCCUCUCACAAGAUCUGCCCGCAAUUCCUCUCGCCUUUGUUCAAUCUGCAGCGUCAGUAGAAAAUGGGGUUGUCAUUCACCAAGCUUUUCAGUCGAUUGUUUGCCAAGAAGGAGAUGCGAAUUCUUAUGGUAGGUCUUGAUGCUGCUGGUAAGACCACCAUAUUGUAUAAACUCAAGCUCGGAGAAAUUGUGACUACCAUUCCAACAAUCGGGUUCAAUGUGGAGACAGUCGAAUACAAGAACAUUAGCUUCACUGUCUGGGAUGUUGGGGGUCAGGACAAGAUCCGUCCACUGUGGAGGCACUACUUCCAGAACACUCAGGGACUGAUCUUUGUGGUUGAUAGUAACGAUCGGGAUCGUGUUGUUGAAGCUAGAGAUGAGCUGCACAGGAUGUUGAAUGAGGAUGAGCUGAGGGAUGCAGUGCUUCUUGUUUUCGCCAACAAACAAGAUCUUCCAAAUGCUAUGAAUGCUGCUGAGAUAACUGACAAGCUCGGACUUCAUUCCCUCCGCCAGCGCCAUUGGUAUAUCCAGAGCACAUGUGCCACCUCCGGCGAAGGGCUAUACGAAGGGCUCGACUGGCUUUCCAACAACAUUGCCAACAAGGCUUAAUGGAAGGCAGGUGAAUUUCUACCGGUGGAUCAUUCACUGAAAUCAUCGUCGUCGUGGUUGAAGUGAAGAGUGCCAUGGCAUCAUCCCAUCCUCAAACUUUGCGCGUCCAAAGCAAUCUUUUGCUUUGAUUAUGUUUGUUUGUUUGCUUUUGAUUCAGAUAGAGAGUACCAUCAUCAUCUUCUUUGCCCUUGCUUUGUCUUAUUUGUUGUUACAAUUGAGAUUUAUUACUUCUACUACUACUACUACUACUACUAUUUCUAGUACCGGCAUUAACUCUCUCACUCUUUGUUCCAUUUCUAUUGCACAAUAGACACCUUGCUUCA